AUGGCCGCCCGAGAGAGCCAGCAAAAUAUUCCUAGGGCUUGUAAUGUCGAAGAUAUAUUUCAUGAUUUUCUAGGACGCCGUGUGGGUCUUCUCAGAGCUUUCACUGCAGUCAAGGAGAGUUUGAGGUUGUAUGGGCUUCCUGAUAAACAGUGGGAGCUGGUCACCGCAGCUACAGAUAAAUGGGAGCUGAGGGAAAUCCCAGCUCCUGUUUUAGGUAUAAACCUUCAUCUCAAGAGGAUGCAUGUUAGAGAAUGGGUAUCAUUGGUGGCUCUUCACUGUGAUUCGUGGUUGCUCGCUGUUGCUUUCUAUUAUGCUGCUAAAUCUGGCUUUGACAAAGCUGACAGGGAACAGCUUCACCAUAUGAUAAAUAAUCUCCCAACAUUGUAUGAGCUGUUUGGCUGGGAAGAACCAGAGACCCAAAGUAGCACAAACAACAAAGGAAGCCCCAAAGUGGGGUGCGAUUCUCUGAAAGACCGAGAUAAAAGUAAAAGGGAAGGACAGGACGAGAAUCAAGUAGCAAAAGAUGAAGAAGAAGAAGUACAAGUAGAAGAAGGCGAGGAAGCGCAUAGUUGUCCACAUUUCAACAAGAUCAAGAGAGCUGACCUAGAACAAGGCCACAAACGGCGUAGUUGUCGACGUUACAACAAGGUCAAGAGAGCUCGUCAUCAUUGA